UCAAGAGAACAGGAAACCCAAGUUGACGGGAAACCCAAGUGACAUUUGGUUUUAAUGAAUGACUUAAAACCCCAAUAUUGCUCGCCAGGAAACGGGGGAGAGGAAAUUGAGCGAUGUUUUGAGAGUAUAAAUGAGGGGCUCCAUCAAGGUGAAGGCUGCAGAUCUGCUUUUUACCCUCCUGUGAAAUUCAACCGAGAGCUGGACCAAGAGGCAAGCAGCUCAUUUUCACAGCAUGCAAACCUGCUCAGCCCUGGUCUUGCUGCUCCUGGCUGCCAGCACCCUGCCUGCCAGGUGCUCGCCUGCCGAGCCCGGCUGCCUCCACUUCUCCGAGCUCCUGCCUGCAAAGCUCAAAGAGCUGAGGAUCAAGUUUGAGGAAAUUAAGGAUUAUUUUCAAUCAAAAGAUGAUGAACUUAGCAUCCAGUUGCUCAGCUCUGAACUGCUGGAUGAAUUUAAGGGGAGCUUCGGCUGUCAGUCGGUGUCGGAGAUGAUGCGGUUCUACAUGGAGGAGGUCCUGCCCAGCGCUAUGAGGACCAGCACGCACCACCAGCAGAGCAUGGGCGACCUGGGCAACCUGCUGCUGAGCCUGAAGGCAACGAUGAGGCGCUGUCACAGAUUCUUCACGUGCGAAAAGAGGAGCAAAACCAUAAAGCACAUUAGAGAGACGUUUGAUAAGAUGAACGAGAAUGGAAUCUAUAAGGCCAUGGGAGAGUUUGACAUUUUCAUCAACUACAUCGAAGAGUACUUGCUGAUGAAGAGGAAGUGAAAACACCCACGGGUCUGCGUCUUUCGCACAAAAUCCUAUUUUUUUCAGAAAUCACUUUAGGCUGCAAGGGCACACAAGAGAUAAGUUAUCUUAGGGUUCA